AAAAAGCGAUAUCAGUGCCCAAAAUGUCAGACAAAUUGCUCCAAUAACGGCCAGUUACGUGAUCAUUUAAGAAUUCAUACAGGUGAGAGACCAUAUCAGUGUGACUUUUGUGGUAGGCGGUUUACACGUAACGAGGAAUUAACAAGGCAUAAACGAAUCCAUACCAAUGAGAAACCAUUUCGAUGUCCAAUUUGUUUUAAAAGAUUCGGCAGACGCGACCAUUUAAAUAAGCAUAUCAAGACACAUUCUAACGGAAAAAGG